GGGAGUAUAUAAGUACCAGCUAUAUAUGAUUUUUAAGUCCACCUUUUUUAAGUACUAUAUAUAAAGAUUAACUAAUUAUUUCGGAUGCCCACCACUAGCUCUGUGUAUCGAUCUGCUGCUUUGUACACCAUCAUAUCAUAUCGAUUCAUUGAUUUGCUUGCCAACGAAGGCAUGGCGAUGGUCGCCUCCCCCGACGACAUCGUCAAGUCACCGCUGCCGCCGCCACCGCCACCGCCACCGCCACCUCUGCCGCCCGCCCACAAGGACAAGGCCGCGUACAACCCCUACAGCGGCUGUCCGGCGCACGGCGGCGACGACGGCCUCGACGGGAUCGUCCUGGUGCUACGCGCCGCCGCGGCGCUGCUGGCCUUGGUGGCCAUGGCGCUCGUGGCCUCAUGCCGCCACGGGGACUGGAUGGAGUUCACGCGCUACCAGGAGUAUCGCUACCUUCUCGGGGUCGCCGUCGUCGCCUCCCUCUACUCCGCGCUGCAGGCGGCGCGGACCUUUCGCCGGAUGCGCGCCGGCACCGCCUACGCCGCCACCUUUCUUGAUUUCGCCGGCGAUCAGGCAGUGGGGUACUUGCUGAUAACGGCGUCGUCGGCUGCUCUUCCGAUCACCAUCCGAAUGAGAUCAGCGGUGGUGAACACCUUCACGGACGUCGUCGCAGCCUCCAUCAGCUUCGCCUUCCUUGCCUUUGCCGCCCUCGCCUUCUCCGCCUUGAUCGCCGGCUUCAGGCUCUCCUCCUCCUCCUCCUCCGCCUACAACUACUAACUCUUUUUCUUUUUUACUGAUCAUCAUGUAUUGUUUCAACAAGGGGCCCGGCCCAUUUAAUUGCUAUAUGCUUGGCAUAUAUAUUGGCAUGGGCUCCAACUUAAUAGGCCUGACUGCCUGCCUCACUCUCUUACUCUUCUUCUUCUUGGUUGCACACUUGCACUAUAGACAUGCCUGUAUGUUGUAACGCCAUACAUGAGUAGGCUGUUUAAGUUUUCUACAGUAUAAUACUCCGUAGUUGUUUCUACCAA